ACUAACCCCGUUCACUUCACUCCACUUCACCGCCAGAUCUCGUUCUAUUCUGUUUCACUCACGGCACAAAAGAAAGAGAAAUAAUGGCGGUCAUGGCGGUUCACCAAUUCGCGCAAUGUAUUACUUGCCACGCCUGGAGCGCCGAUCAAUCUAAUGCGAUUUUGAUUGGAUCUGAUUUUAUGUUUUAUUUUGAGUUUUUUUAUUUGAAAUCGAACGGAGGCUGUGGUUUGUGGAAAUUAGAAACCUUCUGCACGAAGAUUGUUCGGUAGCGAAGCUGAUAAUCACCACGUGUGGAGUGUUGAUGUUUUCUUUGCUUGAAUUAGGAAGCGUUUUGUUCGUGAAGCUUGGACAAUUGUUCAUUUUAGUGUGUUUAAUUUCCUAUGGAAAUUGUGUAACUUGUUUUAUUGUUUUGAUGAUCAGUUUGAGUAAUUUCGUUUGUGAUAUUUAAUUUAUUUGAGUUUUGCGCAAACUACUGCAUUGUGAUGGUGGGAGAAUGGUAUUGUUUAUGAAGGAAAACACACUUGGUUAUAUUAUUGUAAACCUCGGUCAUGGGUGUAUAAAAAACUUGAGCGAGAGUUACUAAGUUGUGGACCCAAAGCAGAGCAUAGGAUGUUUGAAGAACUUGAGUGAGAGCUACUAGAAGUUGUAGUGUGCAACGUGAAAUUUUUUGACAUGGGGAGGGAGAAAUUAGGAGGGGUUUUGGAGCUCUUUACAUCAUGUGUGGUGCAUUGCAAUGUGCAGCUACAAUUACUGCUACUCUUACUGCUAUUUGCACAUGGAGGGUUGGUUGAAGACAAAUGGGAAAAGGUGUAUGUUCUUCAAAAGCAUGAUCAGGUAAUUUCUGGGAUAGACUGGAGUGCAAGAUCAAAUAGAAUAGUUACCGCAUCCCAUGAUCGGAAUUCAUAUGUCUGGAACCUUGAACAAUCAGAAUGGGUGCCAACUCUUGUUAUCCUUAGAUUAAACCGUGCUGCUCUUUGUGUUCAAUGGAGUCCAAAAGAAAACAAAUUUGCAGUGGGGAGUGGAGCCAAAACUAUUUGUAUAUGCUACUAUGAGCAGGACAACAACUGGUGGGUCAGCAAACUUAUCAGGAAAAGACACAAUUCUUCAGUGACAAGUGUUUCUUGGCAUCCAGAUAAUAUUUUUCUUGCGACAACAUCUACAGAUGGGAAAUGCCGAGUAUUCUCCACCUUUAUUAAAGGCGUCGAUGCAAAGGAUUCAAAAAAGGGUACUUCAUCAGAUUCAAAAUUUGGAGAGCUGAUUGUUCAGCUUGAUCUCUCGUCAUCUUGGACAUUUGGAGUCAAGUGGUCACCAAGUGGCAAUACUCUAGCAUAUGUAGGUCAUAAUUCUAUGAUAUAUUUUGUUGAUGAUGUUGGUCCUUCUCCUUUGGCCCAAAAUGUUGUGUUCCGUGAUUUGCCCCUCCGUGAUGUACUAUUUGUUUCUGAAAGAAAAGUGAUAGGUGUAGGAUUUGAUUGCAACCCAAUGGUUUUUGCGGCAGAUGAAAGAGGAACUUGGAGUUUUGUCAGGUAUCUGGGAGAACGGAAAGCAGUAUCUUCUGCAUCAAGAUAUGGCUCACAGUUCUCUGAAGCAUUUGGGAAGUUUUAUGGUCAAUCAAAGCAUGGAGUGAACAACGAUGCAGUUGAAACUUCAAGAACUCGUGGAACUGUUCAUGAGAACUGUAUAAAUUGUAUUAUACCUCUUGGGGAUCAUGGAAAAAUGAUAAGGCGUUUCAGCACAUCAGGAUUAGAUGGAAGAAUUGUUGUAUGGGAUUUGGAAAAUGAGCAAGACCUGUUAGAAUAAUAAGCUCAUCAGUAAAUCGUCACAUCUUAAUGGUAAAGCAUCUGAAGUUGAUUGUUGCAUGAAGCAUUAUACCUUGUAAAUUAAUUUGGGUAUGAGGGAUUUAAGUGAUCUCUUGUCAUUAUAAUCAAGACUUGAAAGUGUCAGAUAUUUCACUCCCUAGAGUAUGUCUAUAAACUCUACCUCGAUGUUAACGUAUUCUCUUAUUCAAUAUUCUGCCUGUUGUUUUCCAUGCAAUCACUCUCCGGAAAGGAUAUAUAACCAGUUUCAUUGUUAGAGGGCUUAAA